GACUCAAUAUCAUUUUGCAAAAGCUUUGGGACAGUGUGUGUGUUUAUUUUUAUUUAAGUUUUGUUGUUUUAUUAUUAUUUUGUAAAGAGGGGCUGGCUGUAGGAGAUGGAUUGUGUGGUUAAUGCCCAGAAUCUGAUAACCAUCUCCCUCCGUAAGAUCCACAGCUCCCGGAGCCAGCGAGGGGGGAUCCGGCUACACAAGAACCUGCUGGUGUCUUAUGUCCUGCGGAACGCCCGGCAGCUCUACCUGAGCGAGAGAGCAGCGGCGGCGGGGGGGAGCACCAGCCGCUGCCCGGGUCCGCCGCACCGGCAGCAGGAGGCUUCCUUCGCCCAGCGCACGGCCCCCGGAGGCGGCGUGCAGCAGCAGUUUGUGUCGGUGCCCGAGCCCGAGCCGCCCGGACACUGCCGCCAGACCACGGUGCUGGACCUGGACACUCAGACCCUGGUCACUACCGUCCGGACAGGCCCGAGCCAGGAUUUCUGCGCCUGUUGCUACUCCGGGCCCGGGGGCGCGGGCAGGAAGCGCAAACCCGAGGCCGCCCCCGGGAGCACGGAGCCCGGGGCCAGCGGAGACGAGCUGUCCCCCGUCAAGAGGCUGCGGCUGGACGAGCCGUGGGGCAGCCCGGCCUGGGACUGCACGGACCCUGCUAACAUCUCCAACCUCAUCUCCAUCUUCGGCUCCGGCUUCACCGGGCUGCUGGGCCGCCAGGACACCGAACUACCGCACGCCGAGCUCAAGCAGAACGGACAGUGGUGUAGCCAGCAAGCGCUGGCCGGGCUCGGGGCAUGGACACGGGCCAUCGUGGCGUUCUGAGACCGCCCCAGGCGGCUCCCUGUGGGACUGAGGGACGGGGGACAGAGACACGGAGGGAGACAGAGAGAGAGGGACAGACUGUGUGU